AUGGACAGUCAAAGAAGACAUGACGUGUGCAAUGCCAAACGCUGUCAUAUUAAAAGAAGAUUAGGGUUCUGUAGUGGAGUGGCCCUGAUAGUCGGUGGAAUAAUAGGUUCUGGUAUCUUUGUAUCACCUAAGGGAAUUCUAGCAAAUACCGGGUGUGUUGGUCUUAGUCUGGACAUAUGGUGCGUAUGUGGAUUUAUAUCAAUACUUGGUACAUAUGGUAGUCUAGCGACGGGUUUUGAAGGAUCAGAGAAAAAUCCGUUGGUAGAACUUGGAUUGUUGAUACCAAGAUCCGGUGGUGACUUUAACUAUUUGUUAAAAGUAUUUGGGACAUUUCCUGCAUUCAUGUUUGCAUGGUGCCAAAAUCUGCCAUUAUGUGUGAUAACAUCAAUUACACUUGUGACUGCGAUCUAUUCACUUGUCAACAUAGCUUACUUUUCUGUAUUAACAAAAGAUGAAUUCCUAUCAUCAUGGGCAGUAGCAGUGACAUGGGCAAAGUACGAAAUCAACUCAGCUGUUAUUAUUGUCCCUAUUAUAGUGGCAUGUUCAAGUUAUGGAACAUUAACGAUAGCCUUCUUUAUCAGUAGUCGGCUUUCUUCUGCUGCAGCUCGUGCGGGUUUAUUCCCCAGAAAUUUUGUCGUACUUGAACAUACACAGUAA